UCGUUGAUGUGUUUAUAUUUACUUACUGUAUGGUGAUGGCAAGAAGCAGAAAAAUUUUGAAAUACUGGUUUCUUAUCGCUGUUUUAGUAGUUAUUUUCAUUGCUGAAAUCGUACCCCAUUUAACUGCUGACGGCGGUUUACCGUGGCCCGACACCAGCGCGAAGUAUGGAACAGUACCAAUCGUAUUUCUUUUAAGUGGCUUAACUCUUCCAACCGAUAAUCUGUUGACUGCUGCCAAACAGUAUGAUUUACAUUUCGUCACGCAGUGUUUUUCACUUUUAUUUACUCCACUCUUCGUCAAACUUUUGACUGUUAUUCUUGCGCCAACUGGUGUGGAUGAUUGGAUUAUGAAAGGUUUUAUCAUUUCUAGUAGUAUGCCUGUCUCAUCGUCAUCCGUCGUGGCUACUAUUUGUGCAGACGGCAACGAGGCAGCUGCAAUAGUAAACUGUAUUGUAGGUGCACUUCUUGGAAUGAUAACGACGCCACUUAUAUUGUUGAUACUGAUAAGAUCAGCAGCAGUGGUUUCACCUGUCAAAUCGUUGCAUGACCUAAUUCUCACUGUGGGCAUACCACUGCUUGUUGGGCAAAUUGUUCGCAAAGUAACUGGAAUGAGACUGCAACACAGUAUUGCAUUGAAGAUUAGACAGUUGGCGUUACUGAUGACUGUGUUUAUAACCUUUUGUGACAUAUUUAUGUCACAUCUAGAUGUAGAAUUACAGCCCAUUAAUGUACUAGUUUCAGUUUUCUCAGUGGUAAUUCUACAAAUGACAUUGCUACUUCUCAUUUUUUGGACAACCAGAUGUCUGCCAUCAAAGUUUUCACUACAGGACACAAAGGCAAUUAUGUUCUGUUCAACACACAAGUCUCUCUCCGUUGGAAUUCCGAUUCUAAGGACAAUGUACUCUGGUUAUGGGCACCUUUAUAGUGCAUCACUGCCAUUGUUGCUGUACUAUCCAAGUCAAAUCAUACUGGGAGAACUGCUUGGACAGCACAUGAAAAACUGGGUGAAUUGGGAUUCUGGACAUGAUAAGUAACAAAAUGAAGUCGCAUGGUGCAUCUGGAUGAAUAUAUUCAAUGAAGAUGCAAAUUUACUUCCGUCAUCACGCAGAAAGACCCAGGAGAAAUGAUUAACCAUAAGAAUGUUGUUUCAGUUGAGUAAUUUUGAACUUUUUUCCCACAUUACCUAAUUAGUUGCUCAUAUUGGUCACUGUACAGAAUUCAGAGAACUUAAAAAACAUAAUAAACUGCUUAAUGUCCCAAGUACUUCAUGGUAGAUUAAAACUAUAUUCCAGACUUUAAUUCAAAUCUAGAUCUCUGGUUUUUGUGGCUACGGUUCUAUAACCUGACCUAUCUACACUCACGGUGAAUCAGUACAGUACUUCUUUCGUAGUAUUACAACCUAAGAGAGUUCAAUGCUAGAACCAUGGCCAUGAAAACCAGACAUUUAGUGAUGAGUAGCCAUUAAGUAUACAGGUUUAAAAUGGCAUAAGGGUCCUUUACUUGCACAUAGUCUUUCCACAAUGAAAGGUUUGAUAUGGACAUUAUAAACUGCUUAAACAAGCACACUAACUAUCUGAAUUAGGAUAAGUUGCUACCACCACAGAAGGGAGUGCUGAACAGCAGUCAAGCCUAUUUGAAAGUAGACUGCUGGCUACUUUUAUCUGUGGGAUAAAGUCCUACCAGAUGAAGUUCUAUGUCAUCUCCUGGCACAGGUGCUCAGUGGGUUCUCAGUUCCCAGAAAUAGUGUGUGUGUGUGUGUGAUAGCAAUCAUUG